GGACGACGCUACGAUUGUGAUCGUCGGAUCGACAGGACACAAGCGCAUUUUGCAAACAAGUGUGUUUCCUCGUGCACACUCUGAGAACGAAAACCCACCGCUACGCCCACUCACACCCGGCGUCAUCCAGCCAUUCUACCGUUGGUCGAUCGAUCGGUCAACUGGAGUGUUGCUUCCUCCCCGUCGACUUCGAUACUUUUUUUUUUUUAAUUCAAUGAAGCUCGCCGUGAGACGCAUACCGCGGUUUGAAUACGUUUUAUCACAACACCAAAUAUGAUGCAUUACGCAGACGAGUUGUCGGAGAUGAGCCCUGAGUUGGCUGCGGGCCACAACAUCGGCUUCGCCAUGCAGAAAUACAUACUGCUACAGAAUCAGCACGAAGAGCUGCGGCAACACAUGCACGAUCUCUGCCCUUCAUAUACCACGUCUUCUACGGCGGUCACGUCGCCUUCGGUUUCGCCGACCCGUUCGUUCAGCGGAAGUCCGUCCAUGCUCUCUCCGUCACCUCCUCGAAGCCACCGGAGAUCAUCGAUGAGAAAUUCGGGAUACCGAUGCUCGCAGACGCAACUAGAGCCGGUCCUUGACGAGUCGCUGAUCGAGGAGAUGGCAGCAGGGGAGCAGAAACUCUUCGACGUGAACGAAGGCAUCAAGCGAGCGCUGACAGAGCUCCUAAACUGCGAAACGGUACGCAAGGACCGGGAAAUGCGAACGUGGGUGCAGACACGGUUGAUGGAUACGGAGAGGGAGUUGCGCAGCGGCCGGAGACGUCGAAGUCACAGCGGUUUCGACUAGGCGGCGGAAACAAAUCGCAAGAAAGACGAGAAGGAGGGCCGUUGCUUGGGCAAUUCCGAGAAUGAAGAAACGACAAAAGGAAAAGAAAAGAACAGGGAAGAGAAGAAAAGCAAACCACUUAACUAGA